GUUCAAGUAGGUCGAAGCACAAUCACUGAAGACACCGAGGAGGAAAGACUGUAUUAGUUUGAGUUUGUGUUGUCUGGAGACAUGUUGGUUUAUGUACUUUUCUGUUCCUUGGUCGCCACCACCGCUGUAUCUGGCUCGGGAAACCAUUGCAGUCUUCCGAUGGAAAUAGGGUUUUGCAAAGCAGCGAUGCCCCGUUUCUACUACAACAGCCUGACUGGAGAGUGUGAGAAGUUUACUUAUGGAGGUUGUGGAGGAAACAAAAACAAUUUUCUAACGAAGGAAUCGUGUUUGAAAGAAUGUAAAAAGGAAGAAGUUAAUGAUUGCUGUCUCCCGUCAGAUACAGGACCAUGUUUUGCUUUAUUUAAUCGCUUCUACUACGACAAAGUCACCAAGAGAUGCAAAAAGUUUAUCUACGGUGGAUGCGCUGGAAACGGAAACAACUUCACCUCUAAGAGGAAGUGUAAGAAAACUUGCCGGGAUGUACUGUGCUAGAGAUGGAAUUGCUGAGCAAAUAUAGUUUACCUUGGGCUGGAGAAGAAUUCUGAUGACCGUAGUGCAUUCUGAGUGCUUUUAAUUAUUUACCUAAAGUUUCCUGAAAUAAAGAUGUCUACAGCUUA